AGCAAGAAAGACUCCUCCUUGUGGACCUGCCCCUUCCACCCGCCGCUGCAGCUCUUUUUCGUUAUCCGCAACACGAGAAGGCUGCAUGCCUUUGGCCUGGCCAGGAUCAAGGUUUGGAACUACUGGACAGCUGAUGGUGAUCUUGAUGUUGGUGCGAAGAACGUGAAGCUUUAUGUCAACAAAAGCCUCAUCUUUGAUGGCCAGUUAGACAAAGGAGGUGGGGAGGCCCCGGCCAACCAGAGCAUCCCAGUCGGCCUGAAAAAUGAGCAGAUUGAGGGGGCGGAGAACGGCUCUAAUGCCCCCUCGGAAGAAGGCAGAGGUGCCCAGAGGAUGGCCGGCACCGCUGGGGACGAGGAUCCCAGCACCACUGGCUCACAGCCAGCCCGAGUGGCCGGGGAUGUGGCGGUUUCUUCACCAGGAACUUUAUUUGGCGAAAGGAUGAAUUCUCCUGGUUGCAUAAAAGACAGUUUGUCCAAGUUAGAGGACGAUGUCAGCUCGUCAGCAGCCCCAGCCUCCGAGGGGGGCGAGCGUGCCCCUGCCCCCAGGCCCCCAGUGGAGUGCCCUCCGCUGGGCCAGGAGCUCUCACAGACUCUGCAGCUGGAGAACCUCCCAGGCAGGAAGGUCUCUGCACCAGGGAGAACCCCCGCCUGGCUACAACCCUCUUGCACAGGGAAAGGCAGGAGGCAGGGAGGCGGGAAGCCCAAACCCCUCUGGCUGUGUCCUGAGAAGCCACCGGAUGGGACGGAGGGGCUUGUGCCGGAGGACGAGGACGUCUUCAGGGAGGGUCCUGCGGAGGCCGGGGAUGAAGGCCCCAGGCGCGAGCCAGGGCGGGCCAGCAGCCGGAAUGCCAUCUCAGAGGACCGAGCCCCGAGGGUGACCCCCAACGCCUGCAGGGAUGACUUUGACAUCUUUGAGCAGCCCUCCAACAGGGAGCGCCCCGCUAGUGGGAGGAGGGCCCGGAAGGAUGCCCUCAGCAGCAGUCACGGUGAUGGGCAACCAGCCAGCAGAGGAGAAGCCUGGUGCACCAGGCCGCCGCCGCGGCCCCAGUGGCGCAGCGAGCAGGAGCACACGCUGCAGGAGUCCUGGAGCUCCCUCAGCGCCUUUGACCGCUCCCACCGGGGGCGCAUCUCCAACAUGGAGGUGCAGGGGGACAUCCUGGACGAGUUCCUGCAGCAGCAGAGGAGCGGCCGGCAGGGCGCCCAGCCAGCCCCCGGCAGGGAGCAGCCGGAGCCGGAGCCCCGGGCGGGGCCGGACGACUGCAGAGACGCAGGCGACCCCAGCGACUUUAGAAUCCCCGUCUUGCCCUACGGGCGGCACUUGGUCAUUGACAUCAAGUCCACGUGGGGGGACAGGCACUACGUGGGCCUGAACGGAAUAGAAAUAUUCAGCUCCAAGGGAGAGCCCGUGCAGAUCGCCAGCAUCCAAGCGGACCCCCCCGACAUCAACAUUCUACCAGCCUAUGGGAAGGACCCCCGGGUGGUCGGCAACCUCGUCGACGGGGUGAACAGGACCCAGGACGACAUGCACGUCUGGCUGGCCCCCUUCACGCCGGGCAAGUCCCACUCCAUCUCCAUCGACUUCUCGCACCCUUGCCACGUCGCCCUGGUCAGGAUUUGGAAUUACAACAAGUCGCGGAUCCAUUCCUUCCGCGGUGUGCGGGACGUCGAGAUCCUGUUGGACGCACAGUGCAUCUUUAACGGAGAAAUCGCCAAGGCCUCCGGAACCCUGACGGGAGCCCCAGAGCACUUUGGAGACACAAUCUUAUUCACAACCGACGACGACAUUCUCGAGGCCAUAUUCCGCUCGGAUGAGACGUUUGACGUGGACACGGAGGGCCCGUGCAGCCUGCCGUGCGAGGAGGCCCUGCAGAGGCCCAGCACCGCGGACGGCGGCACGGAGGAGCGGCCCUACACCCAGGCCGGCCUGUGGGCCCAGCGUCCCAGCCCCAGGCGCCCUGAGGAAAGGGGCGGGGCGAGCCUGGGGGCACUGCGUUUGUGUCUGGGUUUCCCAGUUGGCCCAGGGCAGGCGCUAAGGACCAUUCCUCCUCUCCAUGUGGGGCUCCUCCUUCACACCACUUUCCUUCCUGUUGCAGGCCUUCAGCUGAAUUUCACUGCCUCCUGGGGGGACCUGCACUACCUGGGACUCACGGGCUUGGAAGUGGUGGGCAAGGAUGGCCAGGCCCUGCCCAUCAGCCUGCACCAGAUCUCCGCCUCCCCCAGGGACUUAAAUGACCUCCCUGAGUACACGGAUGACUCCCGGACCCUGGACAAGUUAAUCGAUGGAGCCAACAUCACGAUGGAGGAUGAGCAUAUGUGGCUGAUCCCCUUCUCGCCGGGGCUGGACCACGUGGUCACGAUCCGCUUCGACAGAGCAGAGAGCAUCGCGGGCCUGCGCUUCUGGAACUACAAUAAAUCUCCCGAGGACACCUAUCGAGGGGCCAAAAUCGCCCACGUCUCCCUGGACGGCCUGUGCGUCUCCCCUCCCGAGGGCUUUCUCAUCCGCAAGGGGCCCGGCAACUGCCACUUUGAUUUUGCUCAAGAAAUCCUCUUUGUGGACUACCUGCAGGCUCGGCUCCGGCCCCCGCCGGCCCAGAGGCUCAACACGAAAAGCCUGGAGCGGGCGAGCAUGGACUACGAGGCCCCGCUGAUGCCCUGCGGCUUCAUUUUUCAGUUUCAGCUCCUGACCAGUUGGGGUGACCCCUAUUACAUCGGCCUCACCGGCCUCGAGCUGUACGAUGAGCGGGGAGAGAAGAUCCCUCUGUCGGAAAACAACAUCGCUGCCUUCCCCGACAGCGUGAACUCCCUGGAGGGCGUGUGUGGGGACGUGCGGACCCCUGACAAGCUCAUCGACCAAGUGAACGACACCAGUGACGGCCGGCACAUGUGGCUGGCCCCCAUCCUGCCUGGCCUGGUGAACCGGGUCUAUGUGAUUUUCGAUCUGCCUACCACCGUGUCGAUGAUCAAACUGUGGAAUUACGCGAAGACGCCCCAUCGGGGGGUGAAGGAGUUUGGCCUCCUGGUGGACGACUUGCUCGUGUACAACGGGAUCCUGGCCAUGGUGGGCCACCUGGUGGGGGGCAUCCUGCCCACGUGUGAGCCCACGGUGCCCUACCACACCAUCCUCUUCACCCAGGACAUGGACAUCCACCACCAGGAGAAACACACCGCCAUCAGCGGCCACGUGGAGGACCAGGACGUCCAGAUGAUGAACGAGAACCAGAUUGUAACCAACGCCAAGAAGAAGCAGAGCAUCGUCGACCCAGCCUUACGCCCCAAAACCUGCCUGAGCGAGGAGACAGCAAGAUGGCGGCGGUACUGAAAGGAAGGAGGGAGCGCUGGUCCUCAGCCCUCGUGGGCUCCCUCACUGGCCCUGCUCAGCACCAUGUCCCCCUCCGUCCUCAGUGCAGCCCAGACCCCAGCGCUGGAAGAGAGCUGCAGCGCGGAGGGAGCCGCUGAGGAGAAGGGACUCGAUGGGGGAGGGCCUGGAAAAGACGGGCGACAGGCGGAGGAGGCAGGGCUGCUGCAGGGUCAGGGCCUUCCGCUCUCCCAUAAGAUCCAGCAAAACAGGCAGCACCACUCAGCCCCGUCCUGGUUCCCUGAGCCAGGUCUGGCUGGGCCGGGACAGAGAGGUGGGCUGGGGAGGCCUCCAUCCAGCCUGGAGCCGGGCUGAGCACAGCACAGGGCCCAGGCCUCAGAUACCAGCGCUCCAGAGGUGUGCCCGGGGGCUCCACCAGCAGCCCCUCCCCAGGCACAUCCCUGCCUCCUUUGGGGGCUGGCAGAGCUGCCUGGGAGGGUGGACUCUUCCCUGGACCCUCAUGUCCAGCCAGGACUGCUGCCACCCUCACUCGUCCCGCCAGGGCCCGCGGGAGAGGACAGAUCCCUCAGAGGAGCUGCUUCUGCAGGCUGCCCCCUGGGCGAGCUGGAAGGGGCUGGCCAAAGGCCCGUGUCGCUGAGGAAAGGAAGGGAGUGGGCCCACCUGGCAUGCCGGGCCCUCGUCCUGCCCAGAUAGGACCGGCAGGCGGGCAGCUGCGGACCCAGGGGCCAGCGGGGGCCCAUCCAGAAGCCUCUGGCUGGAAGGCAGGGGGCCAAGUACCAGGGCUGGCCCCGCCCGCAGCCCCAGAGGCUCACCUUCCCCGUGAGCUCCAGAGAGGCCUCACUGCUCCCUGCCCGGCUGGAGUCUGCAGGCUUCUCUCGCUGGUUCUUUGGUCCAUGGCCCCCCCCAGAGCCAGGAGUGGGGUUCUCGCUGCCCAGGCCCCCACGCUCCUCCCUCUUCCAGCGGCUUCCAGCAAGUUGGAGACGUGCCUUGCACCCCGCCGAGCGGAGCCCGGAGCACAUCUAUUUCCAUCUAUGUAACGAGCUCGGAUCAGGGACCUAAUUGCUUUCCCAGUGGUGGGUAAUUUCUCGUUCCCAAUAUUAAUCCGUUGUUUUCCUGGCGCCCGGCCCGGCCCGUGUUACUGUACUGAGUGCGUUCCUAUGCAACCGAGAGCCUGCAGAUACUUUCCGAGCUUCGCGGCCUCCUCGGGCAGCUGUGCAAACGCGCUUUUCAUUCGGAGCGCGGGGUCCACGUGAAGAUAAAGACUUGUUUCCCCCCAAGAGAAUCCAUCAUUUCUGUAGCUUCCAAGCCCCCGCCUCUCUGCUCACCUCCCAGACAUGGCGCGCCUCUGGGACCCGGCUCCCAGGAGAGCUGACGCCACUGGGGCUGAUCAGUCCAGCUCUCAGUGCCCGAGACAAGCCAGGCCUUUCCAGGGAGCCGCCGUCCGUCCGCGCCCGAGGCACGGGCACAGGUCAGAUUCCCGGGAACAUGGCCAGACCCGGCACUCGCCCUGGGUCUCAGCUGAUGUUUAUAGUAAUUGUGUGCACCAUGCAAUUUCGGAGGAAAGAACCGCUGUGACAGGCAUUAGCUCUAAAAUAAAUUUCUAUUUUUUUCU